GGCCUGUGCCAAAAAUGAUCAAACAACUUGGUAGUAAUGAGCUAUGCAAAUAUCUAGGAUGAAUAGACAAAUUUUCCGAGGCAACCCUCGCAUCCGACUUCACCUCCGUGCAGUUGAUAAAGAACCUCGUCUCAUCAUUCCACUCUCCGGUCUUCUGAUCUUCUCUGCCACCAAAUGGCUCGUGCCUAAAUCCGAAAGCCUUGCUAGAAGACCGGUAUACUCCACAAUUGGUUAUCUGGAGCUCCUCCUCCAUGAGGCCAUAUCGCGGGACUAAUUUGAAAACAACUCGGAACAAGAGAUCCACCGUUUGGCUUGUAAGGCCUCCAGCAAUUAUAAGAUAAAAAAGACAACACGCUAAGUCGAUUAAAGCAUACUUCUGCAGAGGAAUGAGAGGUUGGCGACUAUGCAUGCGUGA